GAUUCCGUUUCAGUAUUCAGAUUGGUUAUGGGAUGGGUCGCGCAAUUUAAGUUACACUCAAAAAACCUUUUACCACAAAGUUGCAUGAAAAUUCCGGUGGCAGCCAAUUUUUGGACCAAAUCAACGUUUGGAACAUGAGUCAUGCAACUUUCGCAUUGCAUUGCAUGUCAACUCCCCACUCUAACGUUAGGGGGGCUGCGGGCGAUAAUCUGGCAUCGCCAGUGCCAGUUCAGACACUUUAGUUCAGACACAAUUCUCAGAAUUUUCGAUUUUUUUGUGGCACACGCACACCUCUAUACUUCCUUCAUGGCCCACACACACUCUCAUUUUUCCAUAACGCGCAAACGUCAAACAUUUUCCUUGCUAAUCGGAACCUGUCGGAACGUGUUUACAAGGUUGUUGUUUUUUUUAAAUGAAAAAGUGCGUUGCUUUUAAACAAAAUUCAUGGUUUGCUCGUUUGCCCCAGAAGAUGGAAUAUUCACUAGGGACGGCUUGGCUGACUCGCAGCUGCCGCUGCUAGAUAACACGUCUCUAGAACCGAUCAAAACGGCCACAUUUGGCAAACCAAGGAAGUUCUGCCACCAGCUGGCUUACCGGAACAGGAAUCGAAGAAUCGGAAGCAAAGGAAAUUCCCAAAUAGUUGGCCCUGGAGCCAGAACGCGGUCGGAGCGGAGUCGUCGAAACUACUCUCCAAAGCACAUCGCCGUUGUACCUUAUCCAAUGAGCAGCACAAACGGCACUGGCUUAAGUGGAAGGAUUGAUUGCGACGUCGGACGGUAUAUCGAAAGCCACCGAUUCCACGGGCCGCGAUUGUUCGACGACACCGCCUAGCUACGGAAACCGAGAGGUUCAAGGCAUCCGUUCUACCGAGGACCUACUACGGGUUAAGGUAGACAGUUUGUAACAGUUCUUUUGGGG